AUGUACGGACAUGAUGGAAGGUGCAGAACCAUAUUAGCCUGCCCGAUCAAAACAGACAUGAUGAUAAAAUAUGCUGCUGGCUAAGCCGUCGCCUUGGAUCGUAGCGCUUCUGGGAUGCGGCUUUCCGACCACAUCGCCAUUCAAACUUUCGAAGUGGACGAUGCUCACCCGAAGCGUAGGAAACCAUCCACAGCCACAAUGGCCACGACUGUCAGAAAAUUCGAGGGCGCCGAGGUCACGGAAACUAUGCUGGAGGAGGCGGCCAAGUUAUUUAGCGAGCACUAUGGUAUUUGGGGCAAAAACGGGUUUGGAAAACCAGGCAGUCGCGUCAAGAUGAGCCCUGCUCGUCUUCGAUCCCAAUGCCUCCCAGACGGCGCGAGAAGCUCUUACAUCCGAGUAACUAUCGAUGGAGCUCUGAUAGGCAAUGCUUUUGCCUGCCGCUGGGAACAUGCGGGACGUCAGGUAUGCUGGAUCACUCAGCUGGUUGUUCACAGCGACUAUCGGCAACGACAGAUAGCAACCACGCUGCUACUGCACUUGAUCGACCCUGAGGACGAUGCGCUCGGUAUCAUGAGCUCCCACCCAGCGGCGUGCAAAGCUCUUGCCAAAGCUGUUGGAGACAUCCGCUUUGCCGACGUUGUCUUGGAUUUUGCCCAAGCCCAUGCAGCCGGUGUGUUGGCAGCAUCGCCAAUCGAAUAUAUCCAAGCAGCGAAGCUUCGCGGUUCUCUGUUCGAUUCGCGCGACACUGGUGGAAUGGUAUCCUGUGUUGAUUCCGGAUAUUACGUUGACCACGACGAGCCUUUCGAAGCACUUGCGUGGUUUAACGCAAAUGGCACUUGGCCUCUCGGUGAUUUGCCUGAUGGCCAUGAAUUCUUACUCUUGGUGGAAAGAUCGACGCGAAGGCGUCCACGGCCUGCUUCGACACAGCGCGGAAAGGGGAGUAAGGAAUGAACCGAGGCUUUCCUAGAAUCCAGGCCUUGAGUCCAUGUUUCAAGCAUUGUAUGCUGCAUCCUUCGCACGAUUGUAUCACAGACAUAGGUACUAAGAUCAGGUAUCAGAAACUGGGGCUCCUUGCACAUGAUUUAACAAGC